AUGUUUGGAGUAGUGUUCCCCAAUCGUAGUUUCCCAAUGGACAUCUCCACCUUCACCCAAAUCGACACCUUCCAUUGGGUCCUCGACAUGAACACCUUCGUCGGGGAGGCGUACGAUUCAAUCCGCGAAGUCUGCAUCUUCCUCCUCAACAACUUCACUCUACCGCCAGACAAAGCCCUAGCGGUCUACAUCCAAGCCCCAGGCUCGCCUUUCCUCUUCUGCGGCGCCGUAACGCUCUCUCGCCCCUCCGCUGUCCUCUCUCUCCCGUGGCCGGACCCCGGCGGCCAAAUGCAACUUACCGCCGACGCUGCCCCGCUCUCCGCCAAAAUCGGUGUCUCCGUCGAGGACCUGGCGUCGCUGCCCUCCUUGGACGUCACGGCGGAGAAGAAAAUUGAGAGAUUGGCAUUGAAGGUUGGGGAGAAUUUGUUUAAUUUCAUGCAGUCGUUUUGUGGAGUGGAUGGGAGUAAGUUGGUUGUGCCAAUGGAUAUAUUGGAUAGGUGGUUUAAGAAGUUUCAGGAACGGGCCAAGCGUGAUCCUGAGUAUUUGAAGGGUUUCGCAUUGUAGCUUUCAAGAGGGGCCAUAAAGGGGAAACCAAAGAAGGGUGUGAUAGUUUUGCUGAGAAGAAAAUUUGGUUGACUCCAUAUCGAUGAGAAAUGUAACCUUUUUUCUUGAACUUAAUGAGGAAUGUAACCCUUUUCUUUUUGAACUUGAUGAGAAAUGGAACCCUCACUGGAGCUGAAGAGAGAUAAAUAAUCAAUUUAUCUAAACUCUUAAGAGGUUGGGGUGCCAGGCUUUGUUGUAUUGGGUUCUUGUUCUCUUUCG